AGGCGGGCACAAGAUUGAAGGAUGCAAAGUAUUGCACGUUUCUCUCUAACAAAAGAAAGGGAAGAACUCGAAAAGAGUUGGUUCUUUUUUUAUUCUGCUAUCUCAUGCUUCUGUAGCUUUACUCGCAGUACUGCUUCGUUAAAACAGAAGAGCAUGGAAUCAUCGGCAAGAUCGUCGGAGAAGCAGGCUCAUGUUGUUUGCAUUACCUACCCUGCUCAAAGCCACAUAAAGGCAAUGCUAAAACUGGCCAAGCUCCUGCACAGCAAUGGCAUUUUCGUUACAAUUGUUAAUACGGAAUUCAACCACAAACGCUUACAAAAUUCUGGAGCACUUGAAUCUCUAGAUGACCUUCCUGGAUUCAGAUUCGAAACCAUCCCGGACGGCCUCCCUCCAUCAGAUUACAGCUCCAACCAAGACAUACUUGCCCUUUCUGACUCCCUCUUGAGCAAAAAACCGCUACCAGCAUUUCAAAAUCUUAUUGAAAAUUUAAAUGCUGGAGCCCUUCCUGUCACUUCCAUUUUCUCUGAUGCUUUUAUGCCGUUCCCAACUGAUGCAGCGCGUUCACUUGGAAUUCCUAUCUUUUCAAUUUGGACUGUUGCUGCCUGUGGAUUGAUGGGCUUUUUCCAGGUUCAUAAUCUUAUUGAAAAGGAUCUUGCACCAAUGAAAGAUGUCAACUAUCUAACAAAUGGGGAUUUGGAUACGAUCGUAGACUGGAUCCCUGGAAUGAACAACAUUCGUCUUAGGGAUAUCCCAACCUUUCUCCGGACUACAGAUCCAGAAGAAUUAAUGCUCAGGUAUAUAAAGGAAGCUAUGGCAAAUGCAAGUAACAGCACAGGACAUGUAAUUCAUACGUUCGACGAUUUAGAACAAGAAGUUUUAAAUGCCAUCUCAUCUAUGCUUCCCAAUGUCUACACAAUAGGUCCUCAACAAUUGCUUCUUAACUCAGUAAAAUCAGAUCAUGAAGAUUUUGAGGGCAUAGGAUACAAUCUGUGGAAAGAGGAGAAAACUUGUCUGCAAUGGCUAGACUCUAAAGAAGCUGAUUCUGUUCUCUAUGUAAACUUCGGAAGCUUAGCAAUCAUGUCACCGGAGAAGCUAGUGGAGUUUGGUUGGGGUCUUGCUAAUAGCAACCAGAACUUCUUGUGGAUAAUAAAACCUGACUUCAUUUUUGGCGAAUCCAAAACCACUUUAGGACUUGAAUUUAUGGAAUGUAUAGAGGGGAGAGGAUUCAUUUCAAGCUGGUGUCCUCAAGAGCAAGUCCUUAACCACACAUCAGUGGGAGGGUUCUUGACACAUGGAGGUUGGAACUCGACAAUGGAGAGCUUAUCGGCUGGAGUGCCAAUGCUGUGUUUGCCAUUUUUCGGAGAUCAAGUGACAAACUGCAAGUACAUUUGUACAGAGUGGGAGUGCGGAAUGGAGGUCAAUAAUAAUGUGAGGAGAGACGACGUAGAGAAGCUUGUAAGAAUCUUGAUGGAGGGAGUAGAAGGUAAAAAACUGAAGAAGAAGGCUAUGGAGUGGAAACAGAAAGCAGAGAAGGCCUGUAGCCCCGAUGGCUCCUCAUCUCGUAACCUGAGCAAAUUGAUUCAUCUUUUGACAAGCUAGAUCUCUUCUAAACAUGAUAAAUAUGAAGAAAGGUUACUGUUCGCAGCUUAUGAGUGUUUAGAUAUUGUCCACAGGAGUUAAAGCAUGUAGUGUUUAUACUAGUACUUGAAUAUCCUGGAUUUUAAAUGAAAUUUAAAUCCAUUUUUUUUUUUUAUA